AUGAUAUCUGAAUAUUUAGCUAAAACUCAUCGGAAAACAACCUCUUCAGAAGAAUUUGAAGGUGCCAGCAGCUUAAUUUCCAAGAAAAAAUUUUAUCUACUCAAACUUAGAAUUACAAGAGACUAUCUAACUGAUUUAAAAAAUGACCUUAAUAACCACCUUCUCAAUUGCAAAAUUUCCAAUACCGUUGGAAACGGUGUCACUAUUGCAAGCACUCCACUUAUUUUUACUCCUUUGUUCAUUGUAGGUAUAAUAGGCGCCAUUGCAGGUGGGAUAACCUCAUUAGGAACCUCAAUAACUCAGCACUUCAUAGAGAAAGGCAAGCUCAAAAGCAUGAAAGUAGUUUUAAUUGAAGAAGAAAAAGCUGCAAUCCGCUAUCAAAUCUCUGAAUAUAAAGCCAAACUUUUUGUAGAAACCGCAAUUGGUAUUUGGUCAAGCAUAGGUCGCAACCAGACACCCCCACCCCCCAAUAAGGGAACCCCCCCACCCCCCUUCCACAGAUGGCACCCCCACCCCCCCCUCUCGGGUUUAUCCUAUAGAAGUAUUUGAUAGGAAAUAAGCAGAAUAAAUUAAACAUAACCCAAUUAAAACACUAUAUUUUUAAAUUAAGUCCACAAAUUACUUUAUAUUUUCUAAUUAAUUGCUAAUUAAUUAGAAAUUAAUUAGAAAAUAUAUUAAAUUUGUUUUUUAUAUUUAUAGAUAUAAUGCCAAAGAUAUAGAUAAUGGCAUUAAUUAUUAAAUUAGCCAAGGAUAACACAAUAACUUGCUUUAAAUUUAUUGAUUCAUAAAUUAAAGCUAAUCUAAUGACAAUUGUACAAAGGAUUGCAGGACUGAAUUGGUAGCAGGAUUCAAUAGUGGUAAUAAAAAUAGUAUUUGCUAUUGUCAGUUUUACUUUUGAAUCUCUAAUUCGACUUUUAGCCAUUGUUCCACAAAGUUCAUAAAUAUAUGCAGGAUAUAUUGCUAAUUAAUACCAAAGAUCAUUAUUAUGCUUGCUAAAAAAUUUUUUUCAGAUUUGGUGAGCUUACUAGUUAUAGGAAAUUCUCACCCCAUUCCAUUAAUCGAUUGUGCUACGCUAUGUGGAUAUCGCAUAAAUCAGUAAUUUUGAAUAUUUAAAAUAAUAAUUUAUUUAUUACGUCUGCUCUAAAUUGGCAUUUUUCAUAUAUUUUAUGCUAUAUUAUGGGGGAUGGGGGUGGGGGUGCCAUUUUUUAGGAGGGUGGGGGUACCACUUUUAGGGGGGGUGGGGGUGUAGGGUUGCUACCUGUGCUUGACCAGGUAUUAAUCAAAUUGUAAGAUGGGUUCAGGCAAUGCAAGCAGCCAGGAUUGCAAAUGCUGCUAUAAAGCCUACUGCAAAUGCGAUUUCUGGAGGAAAUGCAUUGUCAAAAGUGAUGACAGUUGGGAAAUUUUCGAAAGUUUGUGCAGUUGCAGGAGUCGCCAUAUCGACUAUUGAUAUCGUCUUGACGUGGACGAUGGAUAAUUCGACACUAGAAUUAAUAAAUAAUGAGAUUGAAUACAGAGAUAAAAUGAUUGAGGCUCAGAUGAAAGAGCUUGAAGACUUGGAGUCUUUAGAUUAA